UACCACCACCCAAAUUUCCACUCAAAAAAGAAUCCACAGUUUUUACCGUCGUUUCGUAGUAAUUUCCCUUGCCGUUUUAUUCCUUUCUCCCCCUUUUGAAACCCUGAUCGUGCAAGACCAAAAUAUCCAAAAUAAUAAUAAUAAUAAAAGAAAUCGUUUUUAGAUCAAGAAGGGCCGUUGGAUUGGGGCGGCGGCGAAUCGGAGUGCGUGAAUGAUCGGACGUUCUAUUUGGGCUUGACGGGGGAAAUUGGUUUCCGAUUGGAGGAGAGAGGUUUUUGAUGUUUUUGAUGGGCGAUCUCCGAGAUUGGUCGCCUGAACCAAACGGCGUCGCUUCGGAGGAGAGGUCGUCAUCGUCAUCGUCUUCAUCGUCGAAUCAAGCGGGGAUUGCUGCGGAGUAUUGGAAAAAGGCUGAGGAAGCGACGCAGGGGAUCAUUGCCCAGGUUCAACCAACCGUUGUUUCAGAAGAGAGAAGAAAAGCGGUUAUUGAUUACGUUCAGAGACUAAUUAGGAAUUACCUUGGUUGCGAGGUAUUUCCAUUUGGGUCAGUCCCCUUGAAGACCUAUCUUCCUGAUGGAGAUAUUGAUUUGACAGCCUUUGGUGGCCUAAACUUUGAGGAGGCUCUGUCCAAUGAUGUAUGUUCUGUCCUUGAAAGAGAAGAUCACAACAGAGCUGCUGAGUUUGUGGUGAAGGAUGUCCAAUUAAUUCGGGCAGAGGUUAAGCUUGUAAAGUGUCUAGUACAGAACAUUGUGGUAGAUAUCUCUUUCAAUCAAUUAGGGGGGCUAUGUACCCUGUGCUUUCUUGAGCAGGUUGAUCGUCUUAUUGGAAAAGAUCAUCUAUUUAAACGCAGCAUUAUACUGAUUAAGGCUUGGUGCUACUAUGAGAGCCGUAUUCUUGGGGCUCAUCAUGGCUUGAUAUCUACAUAUGCGUUGGAGACUCUGGUGCUGUACAUUUUCCAUCUAUUUCACUCAUCACUAGAUGGUCCUUUAGCGGUUUUAUAUAAAUUUUUGGAUUACUUUAGCAAAUUUGAUUGGGACAAUUACUGCAUUAGUUUGAAUGGUCCAAUCCAUAUCUCCUCCCUGCCAGAAGUUGUGGUUGAGACGCCUGAAAAUGGUGGGGGAGAUUUACUGCUUAGCAAUGAUUUUCUCAAGGAAUGUGUGGAAAUGUUCUCAGUUCCGUCAAGGGGAUUUGAGACUAAUUCACGCACAUUCCCUCAAAAGCAUCUAAACAUAGUAGAUCCUUUAAGAGAAAACAAUAAUCUUGGUCGAAGUGUUAGCAAAGGGAACUUUUAUCGUAUAAGAAGCGCUUUCACUUAUGGGGCUCGGAAGCUGGGAAAGAUCCUUUCCCAGGCGGAAGAAAGCAUGGCUGAUGAACUUCGUAAGUUUUUCUCAAACACUCUGGAUAGGCAUGGAAGUGGACAGAGGCCUGAUGUUCAAGAUUCUGUCCCAUCCUUGUCUAGAUUCAGUGGAUUUGGGGCAACAUCAUCAGUUUCAGGUGCAGAGUCAUGUCAAGAAGAUCAAACCUUUUAUGAAACAGAAUCUUCAGAUUCAAUUACCAUGACUGGGAAUUAUAGAUCAGAUAAUGAGGGAUCAUUGCACAAGGUCGAUAAUGGUAACGUCCGUGGGAGGGAAACAAAUUUUAGUAGAAUCCUUAAUGAACCACAAGCUUCUGCAAACGGUAUGGGUGUUUCAGAAAUCCGUCUCUCUGGGGAUGCUAAAGACCUGGCAACCUCCAGAAUUCAAGGUCUGGUAAUUUCAAAUGAUGCACAUAAAUCUUUCGAUCCAAAUUCAGAGGAGAAUGUUUCUCCAUCAGAUAAUGUACGGCAUGCACCUCAUCUCUAUUUCUAUAGCUCAUCUUUGGAUAAUGGAGAUAUAAGGAAUGGAAAUGCAGAAUGCAAACAGCCAGAAAAUUCUGGCUUUGCUGAAAAGAAAGUGACUUCUGGCAUUCUUCCAGCAACUGGUGAUGAGAUGGGUACUAAUGUACAUGGUGAUCACUGUGAGAAUCAGUUGGUUGUUUGUCAAGGGGUUCAGUCCCCUGUUGGAUCAAAGCAUCCUCCAUUGGUUGUGAAUUCAGCUUGGUCAUCAGAGGAUCUUUAUCCUGGAUAUUCUGGUUAUCCAACUUCCAGUAGUGCUGCUGGAAGUCAGGAAGCUUUGAGCUCCUUGUCAGAUCUCUGUGGGGAUCAUGAUAGUCACUUACGUAGUUUGUCUUAUGGCCGGUGGUGCUAUGAUUAUGCCUUAAAUGCAUCUGUUUCUCCAAUUUCACCUUUGGCUUCUCAGCUCCAGAGCAAGAAUUCAUGGGAUGUAGUACGACAGUCAGUGCAGUUCAGGCGAAAUGCAAUUUCCCCAAUGAAUGCUAAUAGUGUUGUCCCACGGCAAGUGUACUACCCCAUGAACCCAUCAAUGCUACCUGGUGCAGGCUUUGGAAUGGAAGAAAUGCCAAAGCCUCGAGGAACGGGAACAUACUUUCCCAAUCACAACACGAACCAUUACAGAGAUAGGUCUUUGACAGCAAGAGGGAGGAGCCAAGUACCAGCAAGGUCUCCUCGCAACAACAGCCGUGCUAUCACAUCCCCAGAGACAAAUUCACCAGAGAGAAGCAGCCGUGAGCUGACACAGGUGCAGUCACCACAUCAAGGUGGUGGAAAAUCUGGGUCUUUAGAUCUGCGCCACUCUGGUUCUGAAAAAGUGUUAUACCCUAAUGCCAAUGGCUCAGUGCAUCAUCCAGACAGGGUUGUAGAAUUUGGGUCAAUUGGGCCUCUACCUUUGGGGCCAGCCUCUCCAGAAAGUAGUAUGCAACAUAAUCCAGGUUCCCCUUAUGCUCUGAACUUGAGUGCAAGUCAACCACCAUCCGGAAUGCAACGGUCAAAAUCAACUGUGGGCGUGGAUCAGGGCAGGAUAGCUGUACGAUCAUACCAUUUAAAAAAUGAAGAAGAUUUUCCGCCUUUAUCUAUCUGACAGCAGUGGAAAGGAAUGAUCUUUAUUUAUAUGGUUGAAAAGUUUGGAAGAAUAGAAGAGUUAAUGCUAACAAGCCAGCCUGGGCCUCAGCUUGUGUGAAUAUGGUUCUUCGAUAGCCAUUCCAAAGCUCUAUGUAUGGAGUUCGUUAUUUUGUGUGUAGUUCAGAGGCAUUUGUACAUUCUACUAAUUUAUUUCCCUUUAAUCUUUGGUAGCUGUACUUUAUAGCGAGUUAUUCAUGUAUAGGAUUGUCGAACUAUGGCUUCUUUUUUUUUUUUUGUUCCCAGGUUUUGAUAUCCUUGCCACUGGUAGCAAAAAGUAUAGACACAGAUAUUGUUGUUGCUGAUUGCUCAUGUAACUUAUACUGCAAAAUAGUGUUCCUUUAGCAGCUCUAAUGGUUUUCA